AUUGUCUAUCAGCGAUGAUAGAAAUUUUUCUUCAGUUAAAAGGCUCACAACAAAUACAUAACCAUACAUACACACAAUUAAUUUAAAACAAGCAUUUUACAAAAUUAAAUAAACACCUCCGCACAUCACAUAGCCGUAUUUAAAAUAGUUACUGCAUUGGGCACAAAUGAAUUCCUGUAAGCCUUCUUCCUAGCCAGCGGAGUUCUAAACCGGCAGCCUGAUGGAAGUAGCUGGAAAGCAUCAUAAAGAGGAUGCGUACAAUCUGUAAUAAUAGAGGAAGUCUUUCUCUUCACCGCUGUAUAAUAGAGAUUUGAAAGUUGUAACUGUGGGACCCCGGUAAUCUUUGAAGCCUGCUUAAUAAUUUUAAAGAGUUUUUUCUUAUUUCCAGCUGAUAGAAGGCUAUACCAGGAAACAAUAUUAAAUGUCAAGACUGAUUCCACUAGUGAUCGAUACACUGUGGUCAUAAUAUCCUGUCUAACGUUAAAUCCUUUCAACUGCCUCAGCAAAAAUAAACGCUGAUUUGCUUUUUUAUAGACACCAUUCACGUGUUGCGUAAAGGACAGUUGACUGUCAAUCACAGUGCCUAAGUAAGUAAAAGAGUCAACCUGUUCCACUUUCUGCCCCUCUAACCUAAGUGGUUCAUAAAGUGAAGGAGGUAUUUUAGAUGAACGUACCCCCCCACAACACAGUUCCUUGGUCUUACUUAUAUUCAACUUUAGAGCACUGUCCUGGAACCAGUCAACCAUAGAAUCCACAAAUUGCCUAUAGAUAACCAGGGACUGCUUGUCUGUCAUACAGGCCACCAAGGCCAUAUCGUCCGCAUAUUUUAAAAGUGACAUACCUUUAAUUCCACACAUAAUUUCAUUUGUAUAUAUGGAAAAUAAAAUCGGUGACAAGACACAGCCUUGUGGAACUCCUGUAUUAAUAAUAAUACUGCUGGAUUUGUGAUCAUACAUUCGAACAUAUUGUGGUCUAUUCGUUAAAAAAUCCUUGAUCCAUUGCACCAGAAUCCCGUUGACCUGCAAUCCUUGGAGACGGUCCAACAAUAAUUUAAUAUUAACGGUGUUAAAAGCGGAUGUAAAAUCCAUAAAUAAAAUCCUAACAAGCGAGUUAGGAACAUCCAAAUGUCUAGUAACAGUGUCUAAAAAAGUUAAGCAAGCAUCUUCGACUCCCCGAUUUGGUUUAUAGGCAAACUGAAGCGGGUCUAAAAAUUGACCUACAUUGACAGAGAGUUCCCCCGCUACCACUCUCUCCAUACAUUUACAGAGGACUGAGGUAAGUGCCACAGGUCUAAAGUUCUCCAUCUCCUUAACAUUAGAUUUUUUAGGUACCGGAAUUAUCAUAGUCUCUUUCCAGGCUUUUGGAACAUGUCCAGUGUCCAAUGACCACUGGAAAAGCCGAGCCACCAUUCCACCUACUUGAGCUGAGCACUCCUUUAAUAAACGACUGCCAAGACCAUCUGGGCCUGGAGCUUUCCCUGGCUUUAACCUAGAGAGAAUGGAGAUUACCUUAUGCUCAUCCACACUAAUAGGUGUGGGAGCAUUACCAUCAUUCCUUGGUACCAAGACCAAGGCCAGCAUAUUACCAGCAAUGUUGAGCAUUAAGUUAUUUGGCAAACAUAAGGCAUUUGUAAUUAUAAAGCGUUUGCACCCGCGUGUGUGUGUGUUUUCUCCUUGCGAUGUAAAAUAGGCCUUCAACUGAAACAGAUAAUCACUGGAGUCCAUUCCCGACUCCCGAGCGACCACAUUCAACAUAACAAGUGCACAGUUUUUGUUUGGAAAAAAGCUCACAGAAACUAAAACCAGAUGUAUGCAGCUUUGCCAGGCGUGCAGCACCAGCGUAAACCAGCUAAGACCACUCGUCUAAGCUUUCAACCUGGUAAAGCUGGUUUUUCAAUCUGAACAGCUAAAAGUGGACUCUAAAAACCUCUCUAAAACCAGCCUGCUACACCAGCUAAAACCAAACUGGGAGACCAGAUCAACUAGGUCCACGUGCUCGUCUCCACUCAAAUCUUUGCAGAGAAAUGAAACAGUGACUGCAUGUUUGAUCUACAGUCGCCACCUAGUGGUGAUAAAAAUGAAUAGCAUUAACAGAAAGUAUGACUUCAACAUGUUUUUGGUGGUAUGGUACAGUGCUUUAUAUAGAUUAAUGGUAUAUGGUACAGUCUACUUUAGCUUAAAGGUAAAUAUAACAGUGAAUGAAGAUAAUUUUUAAACUGUGUUUAGAUGUAGUUCAAUAAAGUUCAGAGUAUCAGUGAAGCAAGUUUGAGAGAUUUCUACAUAAAAUCUAUAAUGUUAAAAAUAUAAUCAUGAUAUCUUUAAUAAGGUAACAUUUUUAAAUAAGGUCUAUCUCUAUUUACAGUUGUUUUAUGCCACAUUUAACCUCCUAAGACCUGGAUGUCACAUAUGUGGACAUCAAUGUUUUUGUUGUUUGCACCAUAAUACUUAAUUCUGUGUAACUGGAACCUGUUAUACACAAACAUGGACAAAUACACUGCUUCAUGUUCAAAGAAAAAUAUUUGAUUAUUAUAUUUAUUGGUUCCCCAAAAUAGCUGGUAAAAAUCUGAAAAAAAAGUCAAACCAAAGCUCGGGUUCAAGGGGGUUAAUUUAGGCUUCAUGUUAUCUGACCAAUGAUAGGAGAUUGUUGCAUAAAAUUGGUUUGGGCAGAAAAAAUAAUUUUGGUAGUGGAAACAUUUUUUAGAUCUUUUCCUCUCAUCUCAUAUUUUGUCCACCACCAUGACCCUUUAGUCUCUGUGGUGGUUCUUCAUCAGUCAACAUGUCUAAUGUCCUUUAAUGUGUUUGGGAAUUAAUAUUAAGUAGUGUUUAGUGAAUUUAACCCUGCAGUAAACCCAGCAAUAUGUAACUCUGUUGAUGCUUUAACUGCUGUAAGGGAUGAGGGAUUAUUAGCUAACUUAAUGUCUGUUUUUGCCUGUGUUUAACUAUUUGAUAUGUGUGAAGGAUUUUGAGCAAUGAAAAACCUUUCGUAUGUAUCAUGCAUUAAAAUAUAUGACCUUUGAUGCUUUUUGAUGAUUUAAAUAAAAUCUCCAUACAAUCUGAGCAUGUCUGUGUUUUACUCUCGACUAAUACUCUCUUCUUUUAACAUUACUGGUAAUUAACAUAGCGCCAUCUAGUGGUUGUAAAUGAAUAACACAAUAGGUCUAAAUAUAUUAAUACAAAAUAGCAUCUAUACAUACUGUAAAAUACAUUUUAAAAAGUAGUAAUAAGCAUUAAGACAUAUUAAAGAGAUUUUAUUCAUAUCUACAAUAAAAAGUCCAAACGUUGUAAAUAGUUUUAAUUAAACAACACAGGGGACAUAAAUAUAUAUAUAACUCAUCACAGUUGAACCGUAAACAGAACAAAGUCAUUAAACUCCAUGACAACCAUACUGUAGAACACAUCGUUGUCAUAGAGACAUUAUGACAUCACAAUCGGUGCCUAUAAAACGCUCAGCCAGAUGAAACUGGUAUCAUUUGACUGAUCUGAACGCUUGCCUUUGGUUGACUCCGAACGCUACUGUACAGAUUUUCAAGUGAAUUUGCAGACUUUCCAAAAGUUCGCAACUUUAAACUGCUUGACGCACUGUGUACGGACAGACAGUUUACUUAGAUUUCAACCCUCUGUGAACCGAGUCUAAGCACAGUUAAGUCUGCAGUUAUCUUUUCACAUCAUGUUUCGUCCUGUAACACCAUUGUCCGACAAGGACAUGGAAGGAGCAGAUGUUGAAAAUAUGGAUUUUAAUCUGCCGAAUGCUGUGCCGAACUUUGACUAUGUCCCUGAUUUCGGACUUUCGUCACAAGUCGGGCGCGCUGCCGGUUGUUUAAAUCCAUUUGAAGGAGGAGAGGAGGAGGAGGAGAUGGUGGAUGUUUAUCCAACACAUGAGGCGAAACGCCAAAAAGUGUUGGGAUGGAGAUGUGAUGAUGGUGGAAUGGAUUUUGUCCUACCAAGUGCGGUCCCUGACAUUGUCCCGAACAACGGACAUUUGUUAGACAGACGCGCCGGGAGUUCACAUCCACGAGGAGGAGUAAAGGAGUUUACUCCUGCAUUUGAGGAGGCGAACAGCCCCACAGAAAAAUGCGAGAAUAAAGUCUUGAAAUCAUUAAAGAAGGGAUGGAAUAAAGUAAAGCAGCCAUUCCUUCAUAAUGAUAAAGUGGAAACACUGAUUCCUUCAGAGCUUAAUGCACAUUCAGCUAAUCCUAAUGUAAAGGAUGAUGCUGGUCUGGCCAGCUCUGAAUUAAACAAUAAGAUCAAACCGGAAAAACAACGAAUGGCAUUCUUUGACUGUCUCCGGAGGGGCAAGGUGGAGUCAGUGCCGACUCCCCUGCUGAAAGCGGAUCCAGCUAUUCCUGAUGUUAGGGAAGUUGUUGAUCCUGCAUCACAGUCAAAGACCUACGUUGGUCCGAAGAAACAGAAACAAAAGGCUUCAAAGAGCCGCAAAUCUAACCUCCAGGGAGAAAAAGUGACUGUUGUGCCAACUCAACAGCCCAAGGCUAUUUCAGAUAUUCCUGUUGGCAUGGAUGUUCCUGCUCUGGCCGGCCCCCAAUCAAAACCAAAGAUUCGUCCGGAUAAACGCAUGACAUUGACGCAACGCUUCUUUGGAUGCUUCCGGAGGGGCAAAGUGGAGUCGAUGCCGACUUCACAGAUUGAGGCCGAUCCAGCUAUCCCUGAUGCCAGGGAAGUUGUUGAUCUGGCAGAUUCUCAAUCGAAGAGUGUUGGCUUAAAGAAACAAAAACAAAAGGCUUCAAAGAGCCGCUCAUUUCACAACCCUUGGAGUAAAAAAGGGAAGAGUAAAGUGAAAAAAGAUGCCGAUCCAGCUAUUCCUGAUGACAUGGAUGGUGCGGAUCUGGCCAGUUUUGGUGGCAUCGCUGCAGCCAAUGCCAGGCUACAGACGUUAGGUGCCAUCCCAGAGAAUAUUGGGUUAAAAGGUGGUGGAAAUCCUGACCCAAAUAAAGCAAAAAAUCCUGGGUCAAAAGAUGUUGGAAAUCUUGAGGCAAAAGCCCUUGAAAAUCCCAGACAACCCUUGCCAGAAGAUGAUAAAGUUGUCAGGCCAAAAGCUUUUGGAAAUCCCAGACGUUUUUGUUGGGAUCCUAACCCAGCGAGAUUUCAAACUCGCAGACGAAAAUUUGUUGGAAAACCCGCAAUAGGUUGGAUUCGUAACCCAACUAAAUUUAAAAUUACCCCACCAAAAGCCCUUGAAAAUCCCAGAGAUCCCUCGCCAGAAGAGGAUAAAGUUGUCAGGCCAAACGUUAUAGAUGUUGUUCAAGAAGCUUUUGAACCGCCAAGCGAGAAGAAACGAGCUAAACGCUCUGUGCUUAGAGAGCCUUUUGAUUCUGAAUAUCAACUCUUGUAUGAAGUGCUUGGGGAAGGGUGCGGUAGCAGAGUGUACAAAGGGAUCCGUAUAUCGGAUGACACUCCGGUUGCCAUCAAGCGAAUAAUCAAACGAAAGAAUGAAAGGACUCUUCAGAUUCCUGGAUACCCCAAACCACUUAUUCCAGAAGUGGCGCUGCUGCUUAAGUUAGGAGAAGCGCCCUCAUGCCCCAAUGUCAUACAGAUGUAUGACUGGUACGACACUAAACACUUUUACAUGCUCAUGUUGGAGUACCCACUGCACAGCGAGUCCUUGUGGGAUUUUGUUACAAGUCAUAGAGGACUAAGUGAAAAUACAGCAAGACAUCUCAUGCGUCAGGCGUUACUGGCAGUGCAACACUGUCUGGAUAAUGGAGUUUUCCACACAUCCAUCCAUCCCGGAAACUUCUUGGUGCAGCAAUCAACAAUGACCCUGAAGUUAAUUGACUUUGGGAGUGGACAUUAUCUGACGCAUGAUGAUGUCUGUGAUUCCUGUGACUUAACGGGAGCUCUAUGUGGCACCCCGCCUGAGAUCUACAAGAAAUUCCGCGCUGUGCCAGCAAACGUCUGGGCCUUAGGUACUGUGCUGUACUUCAUGGUGCUUGGAGAUUACCCCUCUGAUUUAAAGAACUUUCAGUCCGGGAAUCUGCAGACAAUUGAGAAGGAUUUAUCAAAGGAAAUCUGUGAUCUGUUAAGAUGGUGCCUGGCCCCGAAUCCAAGUGAUCGUCCGACGCUCAAGGAGAUCUUAGAUCAUGACUGGUUUAAAACUGAGUCUGACGAAGAAGAGCUACUCGUAUACAAAAUGAGGGCACUAUCCACACAAAAAUGAAAAGGAUGAAGCUGAAUGACUGAAGGAGAGGGGAAUGAUUGGAGAUGCUGUUUUCAUCAUCCUGAGACGUAUGGAGUUUGAAGGAGGUUGUAUUUCAGACUUCAUGAACACAGACCGCUGGCUGAACGUCUGAUGCAGAUCCUGUCUCAUCCUUGAACACAUUUAAAAAAAAAUUUUUAAUUCUUAAUGUUUUUAUAUUUUAAAGUUGUAAAAUAAAGUAUCUAAUAUAUAGUAAGUUCUCUAUAGAAUCAGCGAUGUCUGGCUCUCUCUCUAGGGUUUUUUUUCUCCUAGGAGUUUAGGGAGUCAGGUUUAUUAAUGUAAAGCUGCUUUGAAUGUGAAAAGUGCUACAGUUUAUAAAUAAAAUUGAAUUGAUAUGGAA